AUGCCAAAGAAGAGAGCUUCCAACGGUAGAAACAAGAAGGGUAGAGGUCACGUCAAACCAGUCAGAUGUGUCAACUGUUCCAAAUCUGUUCCAAAGGACAAGGCCAUCAAGAGAAUGGCUAUCAGAAACAUCGUUGAAGCCGCUGCUGUCAGAGAUUUGUCUGAAGCUUCCGUCUACGCUGAAUACGCUUUACCAAAGACCUACAACAAGUUGCACUACUGUGUCUCUUGUGCUAUUCACGCCAGAAUCGUUAGAGUCAGAUCCAGAUCCGACAGAAGAAUCAGAACUCCUCCACAAAGAGCUAGAUUCAACAGAGAAUCCAGAGUCUCUCCAGCUGAUGCCGCCAAGAAAGCCAACUAA